AUGGAAAAACCUACGUCCCAAACACAAGACCUGGCGGAGGUGGACCGCUCAGCCGACGAGGCAACCGGCCGAGCGCGAUUCGAUGUGGAGACGGGCUUUGUGACCGACGCCGACAGUUUGCCAGCCAGCUAUUUCCGCAGCAAGUUCUUCGUGGGCAGCUUCUGCGCGCUGGGGACGGGCCUCGUCGCGGGCACCGGUGCGUUCGGAUACCCUGCUCCUGUCUUAUCCUAUAUCAACCAAGACAUCGGGCCGGACCCCAACUACAUCUGGAUCUCGUACGUCUACAACACUUGUCUCGCCGUCACCCUGCCCGUCUUGGGCCAGCUCUCGGACAUAUUCGGCCGGCGGUAUUUUUUCGUUGGAGGAGCAGUGCUGGGAAUCAUGGGCAGCAUCGUCUGCUCGCGCGCCCAGAGCAUCCCCGUUCUCAUCGGCGGCAAUGUCCUCCUCGGACUGGCGUCCGCCACCCAGCUCUCGUAUCAUUACGUCUUGGGUGAGCUGGUUCCGACCAAACAUCGAUACAAGGCGGUGGGGACACUCUACAUGUGUUCCUAUGCUGGGUCUGGCUUCAGCCCCGUUAUUGCUAGCGCGUUCUUACUGAGGUAUCCGAGUGUGGGCUGGCGUGGCCUUUACUACCUCCUUCUUGCUUUUAACACACUGUCCUGUAUGCUGGGAGGCCCGUGA